AUGGUGAUCGAGCGAACAAGCCAGGUCAACAUCAGCAACACGUGGACGCUGCCGCAGGAAGGUUUCUCCGUCUUCUACCGCUACUUCCGCGACAAAAUCUCCUGGUUCGAGGCGGACGCCGUCUGCCAGUUUCAUCAUGCCAACCUCGUCACCGUGGACAACGGAGUGCAGUUUGAUGCAACGCGCGCCUUCCUCAAGGAGCUUGACGUCACCAGCGCCGUGUGGAUUGGUUUGAUGCGACCGGAAAACUCUGCCCGCUUUACGUGGACUAGCUCCAAGGCGUUGGACCCGGCAAGCGGUUACUGGGCGGAAGCGAUACCGGCCAUGGAGCAGCCCCUCUGUGCCGUGGUGGAUCCGGUGCGCGACUUCCGCUGGCAUGCACUGCGCUGCGGAGGACCCGAGACGGCGGCAUUCCUGUGUGAAUUACCCGUACCGGCCUGGGCAAUGGACUGCACCGUGACCUCGAUUCCGUCGCUAACUGUUCAGUACAUGUCGGACAGUGGCACAGUGCAGCUGUCGCGUGAUUGCGGAGAGUCCGGUACGAAGCACAUCUCGUGCCAGGGCAAGCAGGACCGGGACAGCAUCGUCGAGCAGCUGCAGUGCAGCGACGAGGAGGACCUGAUGGCGUCGGUGCUCGCCACCGAGAACAACAAUCAACUGCCGGUGGUGGCGGUGGCGCAGCAGGCCGAGGGCGACUCCACACGCCGACCGAAUCUCCAGCAGCCGAUCCUGGAGCACGACAUCCUCACGGUGGUGUCCAGCAACGACGAGGACAGCACCAACAACAUCGAGGUCAAUCCGAACCAGAUCGAGGACACGGUCAAGAACGUGAUCAACAAGUUCAACCUGCAGGAUCUGAUGCGCAGCGAGCAGGCCGCCUUGCACAGCGACGAGGCAGGGGUGGGCGGUGCAGUGGCCAUUGGGGACGCCCCUGAUGUGGAGGGAGCGCGUAAGCCGGGUGUGUACGGCAAGAAAUACUCACCGCUGUACGAGAAAAAGAAACACUACGCGAAAAAGCCAGCCGAAGAGGGCCCGGUCGAUAGUGCGGCCGACGAGGAGGACGAGGACGACGAGCAGAUGAUGGGCGACCAGCCGAUAGUGGACGAGUUGGAGACGCAACCGAUCGACAUCAUCCAGCAGGCGGUAAAGCCGACCGCCGAUGGAGAUUACGCUGAUCCGACGGUCCUGGUUGUCGGUGGUGCGAAGGUAGAUAGCGAGGGCAUGGAGGGGAGUCCAUCGGGGGCAGCGGCGACUGCAAGCACCACGGUAAACCCUGACGCUUCCGGCAGCACACCUGACUCAAGAUUACGGCGCGCUACGGACUCUGAUGGCGCGGAAGCGGAUCUCGCUUCGACCGGAACCACCGAAGCGCUGACAACGCCGGCCGACGUAACCGAGGGGUGGAAGUCAUCAACGACGACUACGACGGAAGCGCCCACGACGGCUCUACCUUCGACCAGCGUGCCACCCGUACUCCACACCACCCGGACCACCGCCUCCAGUCAUAUUCUACCGACGACGCCCAAAAAGGAUGUCAUCACCGGGGAUCACUUCAUUCCGCCGAUGUUGCUGGUGAAGGCGCGGUUUAUUUCCGCCCGUCCACACACGGAACCGCCCGCCACGACGAUGCUUCCCACCACACCGAGCACAACCACCCUUCCGUCGGUCGAUACAACUGUUUCGGAUGCAUCUUCAACCUACGGGUUGUCUUCAACCGAUGCACCUCAUACGACUCCAGUGUCAGGCGAGGUAGCCGGAGCGCUUGGGGAUCGUCCCAGCAGCGUGCCGUAUAUAGUGGAGACCACAACUGAUACUGCUGCUGUUGCUCGGAAUGAAAGUGAGUCUGGUGGCACCACGGGCCCGUCCGUCGUCACUGAAAUUGUAGCUACCGAGGCCAAAACAACAGACCCACUGGCACCGCAAGCCUUAGCUUUGAGCUCCGGGGCGUUGCUGCACAAGGACGUUGCAGUGGAAUCGGUCAGCUCACCAUCGACGACGCUCGAUACACCUACUGAGCGUACGACACCGGAACCACCGAGAGAGGUAUCGACAAGUACUCCGGCAGGAUCAACCGCUGUCGACAUUGGAUGCGUUCAGUCCACAGCCGUUACUGGUUCAUCCAGCGCAGACAUUGGAGUUGUUACAACUUCCGCCCCAGAAACCGCUGCCUCCGUAACGGCGGGCACCUCCAAUGCAGCUUUACCUCAACGCCCUGCAGAAAUAAAUACUUCUACUGUCGAAAGUGUGACCAACGAGAAGCCACAUGCAAACAAACAAGCCCCCAUGCAGUCAGUAACCGGUGCUCCGUCGAUCGAGCAUGAAGUAACCGUAGGGCCAACAGUGGCACCGCAGGGUUUUGGGGUCAACGAACCAGAUCCAGCGCCCUUGAACGUGCACGAGCAUGAGAACGACGACGAGCAGGAGCACUCGUACGAACAGGAACAGCACUCCGAUUUGCACAACAGUUUCUCCAACAUUGAAAACUACCAGCCGUACAAACCGAACCGGCACCGUUCGCUGACCAAGCCGGAGGUGCACAACAACCACGGCGGCGCCUACAUCAAGAAGAUUCUGGGCUAAGGAAGGCCAUCGAUUUGCACACCGUUCCGGGUUUUGUUUUCGUCGUUCGCGAAAAGACGGUAAGACUCCCAUAAUUCGCCAAACAUCGCUGCUCGGCAGAACCAUUUUUGUUUCGGUUUUCGUCUCGCCAACGCCAAAUACUACCGCUCGGGUGCCCGUCGAAAUGUUAGCCUACCCAAAGUCGGCCAACCGAAGACUGCUCUACGAGUGCGAGAUAAUCUAUUAGAAGUUAUGAUGUAGAGCACAUUUUACCCCGAUGCAAAUGUAUGUUAGAGACUAUGUCGCGUUUGAAAACAUUCGACCUCCAUUUUUAUAUCACAUGUUUCCAUUUUCUUUAGCUAACAAUAGACAUAACGGUAGCAAAGCACGUUUAAAAGGUGCGCGGGUGCGUCUCACAAGGCUUCGAAGGGUCACAGCCGACGAAUGCAGGAGGAACGAAAUGCUGUCCAAUCAAAUCCUCCUCCACAAAGUUCUAAUAGUUGACACCAUUCAAGAGCAUCGCAUUCAAACGUUUAAGCAAAGCACAACAGACAAAUGCAAACAAGAUACACUGGCCGCAGAUGGACAUUCUUAAACCGACACCACAUCAAUGUGAUUACGUUACCCUUUGUGUACCUCGACUAUGCAAAAAUUCGAUCACAUUCCCAGAUAAACUGGUGGUUUACCUAGGUGAUGGUAGCAUACACGGAAAAAUGGGACAAUGCGACAAUUAUUAGCAAAAUAAUACGGUAACCGAUGGUACGGGAGCAGCAAUCAGAUCUUGGCGCAGCCCAGUUUGAAUGUCGAUUGGUCAAUUUGUUAACCAACAUUGCUUCGUGUUUGAGCAAUCGCAAGUGUCAUUCCAUUUAAAGGACGAACAUUAUGUGAAGCGAACCGAGAUUGCAGAUAAAAUAAGACACAACUUAACAGAAAGCAUAAAAAAACAUGUUCGGCUGCAACAUGGCAAGUAGGAGAUCGAGUUGGAACGGCACAAAGCUGCAGCUGGUACAUCCAAAAUAAAACAAAAGUUAGCGAACGCAGCUCUUCGUGUUUCAAGUUCAAAGUGUUAAAUGUACGUCCCCGUACGAGAGGUUCUCAAGAACACUAAAGUGUAGUAAAAAAAUCAAGCAGUAAAGUUACCCUUUACCUACCAAACAAUAUAUUAGUGGAUUAAAAAACAAGUGUCGACACUCGCACCGACGGUACAUUUUGAUCCAAAUUUCAAGCAUCAACCAACCAACACCUUCGCCCGACACACUUUGUCCAGAUCGCAGUUAAAGAAAUAUUAUUAUAACAGCAAUGCGGCUAGUCCGGGCAGUACUAGCUAAACAAGCAUGGAACUUUUAUUAAGAAUAAAGUUUUAAA